UCACAUAUUCUUCUUUCCUUCUACACCCAAUUGAAAUUGAAUCCAUGGCCUCUAGAACCUGAUUUAUGACCUCAUACCAUGGACGCAGUGACGCUAAAGUCUCUUGGUAAGUAAUUUUAGUUUUUCUUAAGGAACCAUUAAGCCUGCAGCUCUGUAUUGGAACGAAUAAGUGUAAAUUUCAAGAAUACUGGUUUUCUUGUAAAUACCUAAAGUGUUGGGGACAAUGAAGGUAAUUUGAACAGUACUACCAAAAAGCUCGAGAAAAAACGAGAAUUGUUGAUGUAUUCGGACAUCAGUGUUGGUAGAUUGAUGUAAGUCUCUCUUUACAAUUGUAUAAAUGCACCGACUCAUGUUAGUUGAGGCCAGAAAUGAUGAAAGCUGUGUGUUUGGUAGUGCUAUUUGCCAUUUCCAUAACAUCACAAGCAAGAUCAAUCAUCCAAAAACCGCAACCUAACCCUAACUUCAAGAUCAACUCAACUAAUCAUCAGAAUGCACGCACCUGUUCAUUCACCGUGGAGAUCACGACGAGCUGUUCUUCCGUUCGAUACACUCGAGAUCAAAUCAGUAUCUCCUUCGGCGAUGCUUACGGCAAUCAGGUUUACGCACCGAGGAUAGAUGAUCCGUCGACGAGGACAUUCGAGCGGUGCUCCGGCGAUACGUUUGAGAUAUAUGGUCCAUGUACGUAUCAGAUAUGUUAUUUGUAUUUAUACAGAAGCGGAUACGAUGGGUGGAAGCCUGAGAGAGUAGACGUAUACGGGUAUAAUACGAGGGCGGUUUCCUUCUACUAUAAUGUUUGGAUCCCAGCAAACAUCUGGUACGGGUUCAACUACUGCUCUCCCUACCUUUCUGCAAGCAAAUAGGAUUAAUGAUAAGGUUCUCUUUCUAUUUCUAUUUAGGAAAUGAUUUGUACAAUAAUUUUUUUUAUAUGUGUUUUAAAAUGUUAUACUGUACAACUCAAUAAUACAUAAAUUAUUACGUAUGAUCUUACAUUCAUAA